AUGAAGGACUUGUUCAAAGUUCAGAUAUUUCAAUGGAGAGAAGCUCUUGGAGAGGAAGUGAAUGGGCAGCGAAGAGUUGAUCAGUCAGAGAGAGAGGAAACGAUGUACAAUGUAAUGGCUUCACGUCAGAGGGUUCGUUAUCGCUGCUGCAUUCAGAUCAUCAAGACAGCCACUGUUCCCAUUAGUGUUCAAGAAGGUGUGGCCACCUACGCGUCAGCUCAAGACCACAUACAAGGCAUCCAAAACGCAUCUGCUCAAGACCACAUACAAGGCAUCCGAACCCAAAUUGUUUAUGCGUUUCAGGAAUAUAUUAGAUAUGUUAUUGCAUUCAUAUUCGUCUCAUCAGCUAGCCUUUGGUUAUCUCUUCUGAUUCUUGGCGCCAUUCCACAGUUUGCGCUGCUUUUUCUGGUUUUCACUUACCCACUUGUGACGUUUUUAGUUUUACAUUUUAUUUGGAGCAAUCGGGUUGAUCGUGCCAUUGGUUGGCUUCGUCGGAGACGUUUAGCGCGUCAGGCUGGGUAUAUUGCUCUUUUUGCCUACGGGCGCAUUGUAGUCAAUAGUAAGGAUGAAUGGUACGUCGCCUUUCUCUCAUGUUCUAUCCUGUGUGGAAUGGGCAUUCUCGGCUUUUUCUCUGCCGCCGAAGAUUUCGUUAUGGCGCUUCAAUCUAUAUCCACGUAUUCUGGAGCUGCUGCUUUGGAGUUGAUGGUUCUUGGUCAGCACCCUGUACAGGCCAGCUGUGCUGCUGGCCUGUAUAUCUUGGCGGAAGCUAUAAUGUUCGUUGGAGCAGACCCGGCAGCGUUCCGUGGCUGCCUGACCUUCGCUCGACCCCUGCUGAACCACUGGUAGAGGCUGUUGGUAGACGGAAAUCAGCUGGCGGAACCGCGUGUUUAACGGCAAACACCUGACUCGCUGGAAGUCCCGGAAUAUUUUAGCACUCAAAUGUGCUCCGGUUACUGUUACUGUUUUCUAUGAUUUUAGUUCCAUUUUGUUGAAGCAAAGAGCAUUCCUCAUUUGGCUCCUAAA